AUGUCCCACAGUAAUCCAUAUGAUCCGAGUGAAUUUCCUAUUUCAUAUGAUUCAGAACUUAAGAUUUCUAAUAUUACAUGCAAUAUACCUGUUGAUAAUUUGUUGGAAUCAUGCAAUGUUAAUAUUAAUUACACCAGUAAUGGUUGUUGGGCUUUUUCACCGUUUAAUUUUUCUGAGAGGAUAAAGUUUUAUGAGGAAAAAUUACAAUGCGAUGAUUCAUUAUGUAAUAUACUAUUUAAUUUUGCUUUUCCGGAAAUGAAUACUAAAAUUCUUCCACGUUUGAGAUUUAAUAUGAACCCAUUUAACAAGGGACAGUUGGUUAUAUUCAAAUUUUCUACUACUAUAAGGAGAAAAAAUAGUUUUCUGUUAGCUAAAAUGUUUGGAUUCGAACCUGAUUUGGUGGAUGCAUUUAUUGAUACUGAAACUAAAGAACUUCAACGGGCUUUAAAUUCCUCAUAUACUACUUUGGUAUUGCAGCCAAAAGACAAUAUUACAUAUUGUGAGGAUUAUAUAACAUUGGUUCUAUUGUUUCAAGUACUGGUGGUCUUUAUGGAGCACUUAUUGGAAUAUAUAUUCUACUUUUUGGAUCUACAAAGCUCUCCCCUUGGGGUAUCGUGCAAAAAUUAUAUACGUCGAUUAAUGAAACGAUAUGUUUCUAAAGCUGGAAUUCCCUUGGUUGAAGAUCCAUCCAAAUUGCCUCAAGAUGCUACUGUAGAAAAUAGAAUUGCAACAUUAGAAACAUUGUUAAGAGAAUUUUUUUUGGAUGAUACUUCUUUAGUAACAUUAAAAGAAAUACGUACAAGAUGUGUUAGAUACCAGGAUAAAAAUAAUGCCUUGAGAGGUGAUAAUUUAUUACGAGAUGAUAUCGUUGUAAAUGUUAAAGAGAAUGAUGACUUGAUAAGUGACAGUACAUUUCAGAAUGAUGCUAUGAAUGUCGAUGAAAAUUAUACUUUGAUGAAAGAUAGAAUUCCACAAUGA